CGCGGCGGAUGCCUUCCCGCCAUCUCGUCUCGGCUGCGUCCUCUGUCGCCGGCCGCGUUCCUAUUUCGGCCCACCCUGGUUUCCAUGCCGCUUCCUUCCCUUCCCCCACCGCAACCAGCCUGGCAUGUUUUGGAAAACCCUUGUGAUUGUAUGUAAAGUAACACGAGAAAAACACAGCACAGCCCUGGGUAAACCUCAAAGAAGAAGAGGUUACUGAGUGAUGAUGGUAGAGGGAGAACCUGGAAGUGGCAAUGGGAAACAAAGGAAUAUUUCAAUUUUCCCAUUUCAGAGGAAUGAGUGCAAAUAAUGUUCUUUGGUGUAGGUCCAAUGGGAAGAAAAAUUGCCUGUCCAGCACCCACAAAUGUGUUUCCCAUCUAGACAUGGACAUAACUAUCCAGCACCCCUGGUUCAAACGGGCUCUUGGAUCCUUAUAUCCAAGCCGCUUGUUUGACCAGUUUUUUGGAGAAGGCCUUUUUGAAUAUGACCUCCUGCCUUUCCUCUCCUCCACCAUCAGCCCUUAUUACCGGCAGUCACUCUUCCGAACUGUAUUGGAAUCAGGCAUUUCUGAGCUCAUGACCCAUGUGUGGUUUGAAAUGCACAAACCACAUGCUGGAAACCCCAAGAACAACCCUACCAAGGUGAGAUCUGACCGAGACAAGUUUGUUAUCUUCCUGGAUGUCAAACACUUCUCUCCUGAAGACUUGACUGUGAAGGUAUUGGAUGACUUUGUGGAAAUUCACGGGAAGCACAGUGAAAGACAGGAUGACCACGGCUAUAUCUCCCGUGAAUUCCAUCGUCGCUACCGCCUGCCUUCCAAUGUGGAUCAGGCCUCCAUUUCCUGCUCCCUGUCUGCUGAUGGCAUGCUGACCUUCUCUGGUCCCAAGAUCCACACUAACAUGGAUUCAAGCCACAGUGAUCGAUCCAUCCCUGUAUCUCGUGAGGAGAAGCCCACCUUGGCUCCCUCUUCCUAAGCUGAGGCAAUGUGAGUCACAUAGGCUGCUACAACCUGCAGUCUUUACUCACAAAGCCAUUGCAUAGAUACCAGGGGAAAAUGUAGAAAAGUCAGAGUUGUUUUUUUCCUCUGCUCUAUCCCCUCUUUUUUUGUUGUUAUUUUCAUUUUCUUAGAUGGGAUAAAGGUCUGAGAGAGUCUGAGACAUUGGGCCUUGAGGCCUAAAACCUAAAGAGCUGUGAUGUUAGUGAUGACC